AUGGCAGACACAAGAAAUGAGAAUGAUAACGAUGAUAAUGAUGAUAUGGCUAGACAAGAAGCAUUUAAUAGUAAAGUCACAGAAGUAGAAGGAGUUAUGCAAGCUAAUCUCCCGCGAUUAGCUCAAGAGGUAGAAAGUCGGGUGUUGGGAGUUGUGGAUGCCAUGAUGACUAGCAAAAUCGAAGAGUUGAAAGAACUGAUUGAGGGAUCUAAAAGCAAAAGCAAAGAACGACGGUGCACGUAUAAGGACUUCAUGGCAUGCAAUCCUGCAACGUAUGAUGGUAAGAUCGACCCGAUUGCAUGCCAAAGAUGGAUUUCAAAUAUAGAAGCAGUAUUAAUACGAAGUCAGUGCAAUAAGGAAGAUCAGGUGAAUUUUGCUACUGGCCAACUCACUCUCCAGGCGAAAGAUUGGUGGGAUGCGCAUAGCAAGGAAAUAGGGGAGGAUAGACUCCAAAAGAUGACUUGGCAAGAGUUUAAGGAGCCCUUUAUGAGAUACCAUUGCCCUCAGUCGGCUAUUGAUAAGAUUCAGGAAGAUUUCUUGCGCCUCCGACAGAAGAACGAAUCAAUAAAUGAAAUAUCAAAUACUUUUAUGGAUAAGAUGAAAUUCUGUGGGGAUUUUGUGAAGACUGAAAGGAUGAAGAUCAAUCGCUUUUACGGGGUAUUAAAGGCGGAGUUUAGGGAGUUCAUCACUCUUUCGAAAUGUGAAACCCUUGAUGAGCUUAUCAACCUGGCACGGGAUAGAGAAAUCGAAAUCAAGAGACAAGAAGAACGUGGUGAAAAGAGACCCAGUGAAAAGGGUGCAAGUUCGAGUCCAUCUAAAAAGGGGAAGUAUCAAGAGCAAGGAAGGAAGGAUAAGUCAAAGGGGGGUAUUACUCCUUGCAAGACUUGUGAAAAACUUCAUACUGGCGAGUGUCUGUUAGGCAAGAAGGGAUGUUACAAGUGUGGUAAGGAGGGACAUUCGUCUUACCAAUGCCCGAACAACCCGAAGACUUGUUUUAAUUGUUUCGAAAGGGGCACGUUAAAUCGGAGUGCCCUAAACUUCAGCAAGAACCGAAAAAGGAAGAUAAGAAGCAAGAGGGUUCUAAAGCUAAAGGGAGGAUGUUCCAAAUCACAUCCGAGGAGGCUAAAGUUCAUCCGAAUGUAG